AUGGCACCAGUCCGCCGCAUCGCGCAAAUCGUCCAUCUGAAGCCCUCCGCCGUCGCGGCCUACAAAGAAUGCCACGCGAACGUAUGGCCCGAGGUCCUGCAGCAGAUCAAGGAUUGCAAUAUCAGAGACUACUCGAUAUUCUUCGACAAUGAGCGCACGUUAUUUGCGACGUUCAAGUACGUCGGCGACGAUUAUGAGGCCGAUAUGGAGAAGAUGAGGGCGAAUCCAAAAGUGCGCGAGUGGUGGGCCAUGACUGAUGGGAUGCAGGAAAGUCCCAUUCCUGGCGCUGUGGGCAGUGCAGAGGGUCCUGGGUGGUGGAAAGUCCUGGACGAAGUCUUUUACACCGAUUGA